CACUGCUGCUUGUGCGAGGCCUCUGUUUCCCGGCUCCCUUGGAUGCACCCGCCGCUUCCAGUGCCCUUUCUUCGACCUGAAGAGGCGUCUCUCCGAGCGUGACGUCACAUAGGUAGACAUGUCAUGGCGUCUGUGCAUCCAGAGCUGGAGCUGCAACCCAGAUAGAAGCUGAGCGUCUUGGGGAAGGACCGACAUGGCGAGUAAUGUGGAUUUGCAGCAGAAUCCAGCAGGGACAAGUCUUUCACCGUGCCGGCCAGAGAAGGCAAACGAAGACUCGGUGAAUCUCGGUGCCGGCGCUACUACCAGGGCUGCGGCCGCCGUUAUAGAUAGCGGUGCAGCUCGCGUCCAGACGGUGGACAGUAGCUCGGCACCCUGCCAGUCAACGCCCGCUGAAGACCGAGCGGUGUGCUUUGCCGGACAGCUGCGCGAAGGGAGCUGUGGGACGGGGCGUAAAGACGUGAACAGUGCCCAGUUCCGAGUAAACACGACGGAGGCGACGCUCAUUAGAGACACAGACUCUCCAGUACAUCUUCCAGCUGCUUCUACAGAUGCGGGCGAGCAGGAGUCAAUAAUCGAGUCCGGGAAGUUACGAGCGGCGGCGGAUGGUGGGGGCAGUGACAUCCAGGCCGAAGGGAUGACGCCAACUGGAAGUGACCGCAGCCCACCGGUGGAAUCGCAAAGCAUAGACUCCCUGGAAUCUUUUUCCAAUUUGAACUCGUGUCCAAGCUCGGACUUGACGAGCGAAGGAGCGGAGGACAGGGUGCUGGCUUUGGCUCUGCAGAACGACGAAUACGACGAGGCAAAAUCCGCUGCGGCCGCCCCAGGCAGGGAUCGCUUUACUGGCCAAUCUGUCUAUCAUAUCAAGUGGAUCAAGUGGAAGGACGAGAAUACACCGAUUAUUACCCAGAAUGAGAAUGGACCCUGCCCACUACUUGCCAUCAUGAACGUCCUGUUGCUGUCUUGGAAGGUAAAGAUGCCCCCAAUGAUGGAAAUUAUAACAGCAGAGCAAUUGAUGGAAUAUCUAGGAGACUAUAUUCUGGAUGCUAAACCAAAAGAAAUUUCGGAAGCUCAGAGAUUAAAUUAUGAACAGAACAUGAGUGAUGCAAUGGCAGUCCUUCACAAGCUGCAAACAGGGCUGGAUGUCAAUGUCAGAUUCACAGGAGUGCGUGUGUUUGAGUAUACUCCCGAGUGCAUUGUAUUUGAUCUCCUGGAUAUACCUCUUUAUCAUGGCUGGCUUGUUGAUCCACAGACAGAUGAUAUUGUGAAGGCAGUAGGGAGCUGCAGUUACAACCAGCUGGUGGAAAAGAUAAUCUUCUGCAAGCAGUCUGAUAGCAGUGAACUUGUGGGGGAAGGCUUUGUGGCCGAGCAGUUCCUGAGUAAUACCGCCACCCAGCUUACAUACCACGGCCUUUGUGAGCUGACAUCUACUGUCCAGGAGGGAGAGCUUUGUGUCUUCUUCAGAAACAACCACUUCAGUACCAUGACCAAACACAAGGGACAGCUUUAUCUGCUGGUCACCGACCAGGGGUUUUUGACAGAGGAAAAAGUAGUUUGGGAGAGUUUACACAAUGUGGAUGGAGAUGGGAACUUUUGUGACUCUGAAUUUCACUUGCGUCCACCAUCAGAUCCUGAGACAGUGUACAAAGGUCAACAAGACCAGAUAGAUCAGGACUAUUUGAUUGCUCUUUCACUCCAGCAAGAGCAGCAGAGCCAGGAACUUAAUUGGGAACAGAUUCCAGAAGGAAUUAGUGACUUGGAAUUGGCUAAGAAACUGCAAGAAGAAGAAGACCGGCGAGCUUCUCAGUUCUACCAGGAGCAGGAGCAAGCAGCUGCGGCACAAGCACAGAUGCAACAGGGACAGCAGCCAGCACCAGGAGGCACAGUAGCUCCAAGUGCCACUGCAGCCAACAGUCCAGGGAAGCCAUCAGGAAGCAGUGAACGUAAACCGAAGAAGGAGGCAAAAGAGAAGGAAAAAGAGCGAUGUGUCCUUUUGUAAAAGUGGACAGGUUUUGUUUGACGCAUCUCUGGAAAAUGAAAACAACUGAAACAUGCCGUCUGUGCCUGAUUUCCCAAGCAUUUUGGUUUCUACUUUUCUUUUUUAAUUUAAUUUACUCUGAUGGACAUAAAGGGUAACAAUUUUGAUGCAGUCGGCCAAACCUUGUUACAUGUUUGCACAGUGCAUUAUAUUUGUGAUGAACAUUCUAGGGUACAUAGAGCUGUUAUUGUAUUUUGUAGCAAAAAAAAUGAAAUUCAAAAGGGUUUGCACCUUGUAAUAGCAACAUUGUUACUUAAGAAAAAAACAGGUCUUUUUUAUUCAGUUAUUAAGCUGUUUUAUAUAUAGAGAUAUGUAUUUACAUGUAGAAAUGCCUUCUUUUUAAUUUUGCAGCAUUAUAAAAGAAAAUCAACACUACCAUACUGACACAUUUCGUUUAAGGGGCCAUUCGUUUCGAGAACUAGUGGUGGGAGCCAUGCACCUACAGAAGAGUCCCAUCACAUGAAGAGUGACACCCCCUUCAACACCAAGUGAGGGUGCUAUAUUUGUGACACGGUGCCCCCUUCUGUGAUGUGAUGGUGUUGCACCUUUGACAUAGCACCCUUUCUGCGGUGUGGCGGUGCAUCAUGUAUUAUUUAGAGAACUGGUUUACAUGCUGUUCUAUAUUUAAGGUUUACAAGAUGUGGAAAGCUUAACCUGAGAAGCUACCAUUUUUUUUGGGUCUUGUUUUGUUUUAAUAAAAUGACAUGAAUCUGAAAGCCUUUUUAACACUCUUUAGGAUAAAAGAGGUUUCAGAUUUGCACACUUGUUGCUGACAAAAAGCAAAGCCCAUAUUGGAAACUGGCUGAGCACUAAUUGGCUCGGAUUGCAUCUCUCUUAGGGCAGACGCCGGGUAUGCCUGUAGUCGUGUCUUUGUGUGCCGACUUAAUCAGAUGACUGACUGAAGAAUGAUGGAAGUUUUGUUACUGAGGUAGCAUCCAGCCAUCCCAGCACAGAAUAAAUGUAUGUAACGCACAUUACCAACAUGCUUUUUGUGUCAAGUCCCAAUGCAGCUUCAACAAUAGCCAUCCCUUGUCAGGCCCCCUCAGCUCCCCGUUGCUGUUACUGUAGUGUGUAUUUAGUACAAGACACAGGCAAAGCAGGACCUGUUGUGUGAAGUUUCUUGGCCGUGAAUGAUUUUGGUGUCAGCUCUGCCUUGAACAGUGUAGAAGAACAGCUUAAGAUGUCAGUUCCCAAGUGAGUGGCCAAGUGCCCUUCUCUGGCUUGUGUUGGUCUCACCUACAGUUGUCUGCUGCAGCUCUCGUGAGGUGACACACUCAAAACAUCUUUUUGGGUUUCAUUUAACAGAUGUUACAUUUCCAAAUUUCAAAGCUUAACUUGGUUGGCCUUUGAGGCGACAGCACUGCCCACUUUUGCCAUUAAUGUAGUCGUGGUUCUUUCAUUCGGUUUGUACACAACUCCUGUUCACUAAUGCAUUGAAUUCUGAGGACCAACAACCAGCAUUGCAAGACUGUAGCAUCAUCCUUUAAAAUCCCAUCGCCCUCCUCACAACUCUGCUACCCAUUCAUCGAUUGUCAUCUUUGCUCCAAUGAGCUAUCCAAGCAUUAACUUGGAGCUUCUUUACCUGUGUGCAUAGUUGUAUUAACAUCCCAAUUCUAUGUUGAGCUGCAAAGUGGCCAUGGGCCUUGUCCCAGGGUUAGGGUGGUUUGGCUGUUUAGACAUUUUGCUCCAAAAUUCACACAACCUGGUGUGCUGUUAGUAUCCUGAGGACAAUAGCAGGCUGCCUUAGCUGGUCUACCCACUUACAAGGGUGAGGAGACCGCAUUCAGGGAGUGCUUUGUAGGUUUGAGCAAAACACAAAUUUACAUCACUUGGAG